CAGGCAUGGGGGGCUGGCUCGUGGACUGCCGGAGACUCCGGGGGGGCAGCUCGGAACGAGUGUUUGGGAGCGUGCGUGUAUGUGUGUGAGGAAGAGGAAGGGAACUUAGGAAGUUCACACCAUUCAGCGAGAAGAUUCCCGAGCCUUUGAUUCUGACGGUCCACGGUCGAGCUCCAGUCAGUCGCGAUUCACAGAGGAAGAGCUUUGCGGUUGUGGAGUGAUUUCCGGCCAACAUGGAUGAUUUAGAUGCUUUGUUGGCAGACCUUGAGUCCACAACUUCCCACAUCUCAAAGCGCCCGUUGUUUUUGUCUGAAGAGUCUCCCUACACUGUUCCAGUUGGGGAUCACACUCGGCAAGACGCACCGACCCCCUCUGAUCUGAACGGACAGGAGGAGACAGAAAAUAGUUGGUCCAGAGACAGCAACAGUCCCUCCCAACCACCUGGUGAAGAGGAUCACGUGUACAGUUUUCCUAAUAAGCAGAAGAACAGCGAGUCAUCUGAGGGCAUGAAUUUAUCUUUGGGUAGCAACCUGUCAGAGCUGGACCGACUCCUGUUGGAGCUCAAUGCUGUCCAGCAAAGCACACCAGCCUUCCCCACAGAAGGUUUGAACCUGUUGAACUACCAAUCCCUCCUGCUUCAAAAUGUUCCUGUCAAACUCAUGUACCAACCUUUUCUUUUCUUAGAGGAGGCCGCACCACCACUCCCAGCCACCAGCGUCAUCCACUCCAAUGGUGUGUCCGCAACAGUCGCUCCGCCUGUGCUGGAGAAGCCCAAGCGCAGCGCCACUCGGGGCGUAGAGGAUGUCCGACCGAGUGUGGAGAGCCUUCUGGAUGAGCUGGAGAGUUCGGUACCCUCCCCUGUUCCCGCACCUUUAGCAGUGUCAGACGGACAAGUGGGUGCACCAGAGGAGGCUCCGGCGCAUCUGCAGGCCAGAAUGUCUGCCUCUUCAGCCACACGCGAGCUUGAUGAGCUGAUGGCUUCCUUGUCAGAUUUUAAAGUCCAAAGCAACAUCCAGUCACAGGGAAAGACCGCCCCCUCAGGUCCGCCCAAACCAGCCAACAAGCUGGACAACAUGCUGGGCAGCCUUCAGUCCGACCUGAACAGACUCGGGGUACAGACUGUGGCCAAAGGUGUCUGUGGUGCCUGCAAGAAACCGAUCGUGGGACAGGUGGUGACUGCGAUGGGCAGGACGUGGCACCCAGAACACUUUGUGUGCACCCACUGCCAGGAGGAGAUUGGCUCCAGGAACUUCUUCGAGCGUGAGGGCCAGCCAUACUGCGAGAAAGACUAUCACAAUCUCUUCUCACCACGGUGUCACUACUGCAAUGGACCCAUACUGGACAAAGUAGUGACGGCGCUGGACAAAACAUGGCAUCCUGAGCACUUCUUCUGUGCACAGUGCGGAGCGUUCUUCGGACCAGAAGGGUUCCACGAGAAGGACGGGAAAGCGUUCUGCAGGAAGGAUUAUUUUGACAUGUUUGCGCCUAAAUGUGGGGGUUGCACCCGAGCCAUUUUGGAGAACUACAUCUCUGCUCUCAACUCUCUGUGGCACCCCGAAUGCUUUGUCUGCAGGGAGUGCUUCACACCGUUUGUGAACGGCAGCUUCUUUGACCACGAGGGUCAGCCGUACUGCGAGUCUCACUACCACGAGCGCCGCGGCUCCCUCUGCUCCGGCUGCCAGAAGGCCAUCACCGGUCGCUGCAUCACAGCCAUGGGCCGGAAGUUUCACCCGGAACACUUUGUGUGCGCCUUCUGCCUGAAGCAGCUCAACAAGGGCACCUUCAAGGAGCAGAACGAGAAGCCUUACUGCCACGGCUGCUUCAUCAAGCUCUUCAGCUAGAAUCUGUUUACUGGUUCAUAGGCACAUGUGGGUUCAGUCUGGCAGCACAUUUAUCACAGGCUGACUGGCUUUGAAUUAAGACGCCGGUGGGGCAGUCGGCCCUCCAGCCAGACCUUUCAGGUUUGGUUCUCAUUUCUGAUCGAGAUGUUUUUAACGGAGCCCAAAGAGAUUUUUCCUCUAGAGUAUCACUCAUGCGUGAACAGUUCUGUGUGUCUGUAGCAAAGGUUUUGCAUGUGUCACAGCUCUGAUUUUGGUUUUAGACUGUUUUUGCAUGGAGCUCAAUUAUGGCAUUUACAUUGGCUCUGCUUGUUUCCUUAAGAAAUAGUAUUUUUUCCAAGUGAAAGUGCCAAUUUAGAUGAACAGGUGCGCAGAGAUGCUUGCUCUCCUAAAACUUCUGGGUAAACACAGAUCUCUUGAUGAGACUUUUGAAAUGUUUAGUAUUGUUUUUAUUUUUCUACUGUCAGGUUAUUACUGUGCUUUUCCAACAUUUCUACCAUCUCUUCUCUCUUUUAGUCGAAAGUAGAUACCAGAAAAUGACUGGAAAUGUAUUUAAAUGAACAAAGAAUAUGGUGCAAUUUUAUGGCGGAAUGUUCAGGUUAACUGGUGAUUGGACUACAUACGUGGCACUCAUUUAUGAUGAGGUUCUAUGCAGGUUUAUUCUCCUUGGUCACAUGGUCUGCCCCGAGUGCAUCGACCCGGAAAUAUAUUUCUGAAAUUCAACUUGCCUGCUUUUAUUGAUAGAUAGCGAUGCACAGCCAGGUUUAUCAUGAACAAGAGUUCCUAGUUCCUUGGUUGUGAAUUGCAAACAGCUUUAUUUUCAGGGUAGUUGACUCUGACUCACUCCUGUUGCCACUCCGAAUCAAAGUUUAUACACAGGGUGUGCUAGAGUUUGUGUGACAGAACUGUGUUCCGUCAAAUGUUUUUUAAGAAAUCUAUAUUUUUGAACUGCUCGGGUUCACAUUGAUAUGCAAAGAGCUGGCUCUAUUGGCAACACAAGCUAAUGAUGGAUCAGUCAAUCGCCAGUUCUGGGAUCAAACCUCGGUCUCCAUUUUUUAAUAAGUGACAAAACAAUUGUUCACAAUGUUUGCUGAUUAAAAAAAAAAAACAUUGUUCUUGUGCCAAAUAUGUUGAUGCAAUAAUGUCAGCUACACUGGAAGCUCUCUGGUGAUUUCCUGUGGCAGUGAUCUCCAAAUGAAUUGCCUUUAUACACUGUAUCCGAUGAUAUGUUGAGUAGCCAGUUCAUUGGGAUAGUUUGGGAUAAUCUUGCCUAAAAAAUAUCUAGCAAUGACUUUGUUCUUAUGCCAGUUUGUCACAGAAAGUGUCAAGGUUUUAAAAAUUGCCUGCUAGCUUUAACAAGACAGGUUUACUUUGCUUGGAAUAUUCUGUGGUAUUCGCAAUUUUUUUCUCCCAUAUAAAUGUUUCUUUUGUUUCGGGCUCUUUACAGGUGGCAUAAAAUAUUUAGGUCAUAAGCGACCAAUGACUGAAAUAAAGUUAAGUUUCUCGUUUCCGGAUUUGUUUUUUAUUUGGUUGUCCUCACCUGGUGCAUUCAUGGUUGUUUAACUGACAUUUAGCUUGAUAAUAACAAAGAUGCAAUAUAAGGAACAAGUGGAUAUAUAAUCAAUGAAUUGAUAUUAAAUUGUACACCUUUUUGAUCCCUGGAUUACGAACUAAACAUGUUAAA